AUGCACUUGCGAGCGCUGCAAGGCAAAGAGAAGGCAUUGGGACCAGACCAUACAUCAACACUCGACACGGUCAACAACUUGGGCUUGCUCUACGUGAACCUGGGACGGCUUGACGAGGCGGAGAAGAUGUACUUGCGAGCGCUGCAAGGCUAUGAGAAGGCAUGGGGACCAGACCAUACAUUAACACUCAACACGUUCAACAACUUGGGUAACCUCUACGCGGACCUGGAACGGUUUGACGAGGCGGAGAAGAUGCACUUGCGAGCGCUGCAAGGCAAAGAGAAGGCAUGGGGACCAGACCAUACAUCAACACUUAACACCGUCAACAACUUGGGCAGCCUCUACAAAUCCCUAGGACGGCUUAACGAGGCGGAGAAGAUGUACUUGCGAGCGCUGCAAGGCUACGAGAAGGCAUUGGGACCCGACCAUACGUCAACACUCGGCAUGUUCAACAACUUGGGUAACCUCUACGCGGACCUGGAACGGCUUGACGAGGCGGAGAAGAUGCACUUGCGAACGCUGCAAGGCUAUGAGAAGGCAUUAGGACCAGACCAUACAUCAACACUUAACACCGUCAAUAACUUGGGCUUGCUCUAUGCGGAACUGGGACGGCUUGAUGAGGCGGAGAAGAUGUACUUGCGAGCGCUGCAAGGCUAUGAGAAGGCAUGGGGACCAGACCAUACAUUAACACUCAACACGGUUCAUAACUUGGGCUUGCUCUACGCGGACCUAGGACGGCUUGACAAGGCGGAGAAAAUGUACUUGCGAGCGCUGCAAGGCAGAGAGAAGGCAUGGGGACCAGACCAUACAUCAACACUUAACACGGUUAAUAGCUUGGGCGUCCUCUACAAAUCCCUAGGACGGCUUGGCGAGGCGGAGAAGAUGUACUUGCGAACGCUGCAAGGCUAUGAGAAGGCAUGGGGACCAGACCGUACAUUAACACUCAACACGGUCGAGAACUUGGGUAACCUCUACGCGGACCUGGGACGGCUUAACGAGGCGGAGAAGAUGCACUUGCGAGCGCUGCAAGGCAAAGAGAAGGCAUUAGGACCAGACCAUACAUCAACACUCGGCACGGUCAACAACUUGGGUAACCUCUACGCGGACCUGGGACGGCUUGAUGAGGCGGAGAAGAUGCACUUGCGAGCGCUGCAAGGCAAAGAGAAGGCAUUGGGACCAGACCAUACAUCAACACUCAGCACGGUCAACAACUUGGGUAACCUCUACGUGGACCUGGGACGGCUUGACGAGGCGGAGAAGAUGUACUUGCGAGCGCUGCAAGGCUAUGAGAAAGCACUUGGCCCAGAAGCAGUAAAGACGUAUAUACCAGCACUUAACGCAGCUCAGAAUAUGGCAGUUCUCUUCCAGCAGACUAGCAGAAUGCAGGAAGCAGAGGGUUUAUACGAACAGGCUCUCUUUGGUGUUGAAGUAGUUUUCGGGCGUACAAGCAAUAGGUACUGCAGUAUUGCUAGGAUCUUGGAUGCACUGCGCAGUAACAUCACGGUCUAG